AUGUUACCGGCAAAUGGCGACCAUCUUCCAGGAUGCAAACCGCUAGUUCUAAUUUCGCUGAUCAAGGCUUGCAGCCAUCAAGCUCUGCGAGAGAACUGGACCCAGGUUGAUGGUCAGCUCGUCAAGAUCACGUCCCUGGAACAGGCUAUGGCACUACACUCGCAGGCCUCGCUCCAAAAUCUCGACUGGAACGUUUACGUGGCCAGCAGCCUGGUGGAUGUUUACGCAAAGUGUGGCACCAUGCACGACUCGCAGUGGGUCUUCGAUUCCAUCCCGCAGCGCAACGUUGUAUCGUGGACCUCGCUCAUCGCGGGAUAUGCCCGGAACGGGCAUGGCACCACCGCGCUGGAGAGGUUCCAGGAGAUGCAUUCCAGGGCCCGGGCAGCUCCAAACGCUCAAACUUUCGUCGCUGCUCUUCAAGCCUGCGCUGCCAUCCUCGAAGAAGGGUGCGGCAAAGAUCGCGUUCUUGAGACAUGCAUGGCUCUCCACUUUCGCGCUGCAAAGCUGGGCCUCGAUUCGGAUGUUUUCCUUGCGAACAGCCUCGUGGAUGUGUACUCCAGGUCCGGAAGUCUCGAGGACGCUCGCAGAGUGUUUGAGGGAAUGCCGAACCGGGAUGUGGUAAGCUGGAACUCCAUGAUGGCUGCAUUCGCUCUCCACGGGCAUCCACAGCAAGCUCUCGAUUUGUUUGUCGGCAUGAAGUUCCAAGGCUGUGCUCCCAGCGCUCAAACUUUCGCCGUCUUGCUAAAGGCCGCUGCCAAGCUCGGAGCGUUGCAGACCGGGAAGAUACUCCACGCGGAGAUUUCUCGGUACUGCUGCUUGGAUCCUGAGCUCCAGACGAACUGCUUGGUGGAUUUCUACGGCAAAUGCGGGAGCAUGGUCAAUGCCCAACGAGUUUUCGAUUCCACGAGCUCCAGUGACUGCUCCAUCGUGACUUGGAACUCUUUGCUGGUCGGAUAUAGUCGCCAGGGAGACACCACCCGCGUCUUUGCUCUUUUCGAGGCUCUCGAUCGAGUAGCUUUGAGGCCGAAUGGAGUAACUUUCUCGGCUCUUCUCGCGGCUAGCAGCCACGCCGGUCUCGUCGACAAGGGACUCGAGCACUUCCACUCGAUGCUCUCCAGCUAUGGAGUCUCUCCCGACGCUCAGCACUGCCGUUGCAUGGUGGACGUGCUGGGACGAGCAAACCGGCUGGAAGAAGCCGUGCAGAUGGCGAACAUGUAUCUAUGGAGCCGCGGGAAUGUGGGAGAAGAAGCUGGAGAUCGAUGCAAUGAGGAGUAA